CGGAAGUCUUGUCAGCCUGCUGCGUGUGACGUUGGACGUACGGCUCCCGGAGCACCAUGGCGGCGUGUGUGGCUAGGCGCUGCUUGACUGUGCUUGGUCGGUUCCGCCAGGGAGGCCUGGCGAGCGGUGCCGCUAUCGAGCUCCGGCAGGCCCGGUCUGCUCUGCUGCGGCCUGCAUGCGGCUGCCGCUUCCAGCUGGAGCGGGCGCUUUCCUCUCGGAAUAGACCAGAGGGUAAAGUGCUGGAAACGGUGGGGGUUUUUGAAGUGCCAAAGCAGCAGGGGAAAUAUGAAACAGGCCAGCUUUUCCUUCACAGUGUCUUUGGAUACAGAGGCAUUGUUCUGUUCCCAUGGCAAGCAAGACUUUAUGAUCGAGAUGUUGCUUCUCCUGUCUCAGAAAAGACAGAGACUUCAGCGACUCACGGAUCCAAAGAGGUCAAGGGCAAAACUCAUACCUACUAUCAAGUACUAAUAGAUGCCAGAGACUGCCCACAUAUAUCACAGAGGUCACAGACGGAGGCAGUGACGUUUCUUGCAAAUCAUGAUGACAGCCGGGCUUUGUAUGCAAUUCCCGGUUUAGAUUAUGUAAGUCAUGAAGACAUACUUCCGUACAACUCUACUGAUCAAGUUCCCAUACAGCAUGAACUGUUUGAGAGAUUCCUGAGUUUUGAACAAGCCAAAGUGCCACCAUUUAUUGCACGGGAAACAUUGCGUGCUUGGCAGGAAAAGAAUCAUCCGUGGUUGGAGCUGUCAGAUGUUCACAGGGAGACUACUGAGAAUAUUCGGGUCACUGUGAUCCCAUUUUACAUGGGGAUGAGGGAAGCCCAAAAUUCACAUGUGUAUUGGUGGCGUUACUGCAUCCGCUUGGAGAAUCUCGGUGCUGAAGUUGUUCAGCUGAGAGAACGUCACUGGCGGAUUUUCAGUCUUUCUGGAACUCUAGAAACUGUGAGAGGUCGAGGUGUUGUUGGCAGGGAGCCAGUUCUGUCAAAGGAGCAGCCAGCUUUUCAGUACAGUAGUCAUGUGUCUCUACAGGCCUCCAGCGGCCAUAUGUGGGGAACCUUCCGCUUUGAACGACCUGAUGGAUCACACUUUGAUGUCAGGAUUCCUCCUUUUUCUCUGGAGAGUAACAAAGACGAAAAGACGCCCCCAUCGGGUCUUCAUUGGUAGUGAUGUUGCACAGCCUUGAUUGAAAAGCACUUUGAACUCUUCCUAUCAAUCAGACUAUUGUGUCUCAGACU